AUGGAGGAGGCCAAUGUUGGAGGAAACCGAACGAAGGUAUACAUAGCAGAGAUGUGUACAAUGACAAUGGAGGAACUGUUGGAAUCCUUGACCAAGAAGGCUAAGCUAGAGAGUGAAGAGGCUCACAGACAGUUUAUUGCUGCCUUAAAUGGACUGGCAGCUUUAUGCAUCAUAAAUGAGGAGUACAGUGAAGCAGUGUCAAACUACCGCUGUGUGCUCCAGUCAGUCACAGAGCAUGAAGGUCGCCUGAAGACGGAUGAUUUGCAGCAGCUUCAUGCUCUCCACAACCUCCAUGAAAUCCUCCUGAUAAAGCCCGCCAAUGUACACCCUACGCUCAGGGACCAUCAACUCCAGGAACAGGCCAAUGAUCUGCGUACAAAGUACAUGCUGAAAGCUGAAAACAAGGUAGCAUCUGCACAGGAUUCACUUGGACCAGCACAGUGCAGUGUGAAGGACACCAGUGAUGAG